AUGUUCGUCCUGUCUGCACACUCGCGCACACGUCCAUCCCCAAGGCGCGCCGAAUUGGUAUAUUCUACACCCACGUUUCCUACUGUAACUAACGUGAGGCAGCUUUCCUUAACUCGUUUGUCACCUCCAACAAUUCAUUUCAACUCUCCCUCACAAGAACACUCCGUUGAACUGUGUAUAGUGACUAUGCACUCGGAUCCCCCUGACUUUGUACAUACAGCAUUUCACGUCCUAGAGCGGGCCGUGUCCUCGGGCAAAAGAUUGUACAUUUAUAGUGUUCCGUUGAGGCCUUUUCGUCCUAGUCAAGUUAGCUUUUGCCUGUCUUCCUCUAAACGUGUAAAAAUUGUGUAUGUUUAUAUUUAUUUUGGAAUAUGUAUAGCACCGGCCCCCGUCAUAAACAUUAUGAUCAAGUGCUUGUAUAUUUAA